GAGAACGUGUUGGCGCGACGUAUCGAUUAUGAAAGGCGUAUUGACCAGUACAAAUAUUUAGUAAUAAACAGUCGAUCGGAUUCUUGGAACAAAGUGACUACAGUUCUCAUUAUAAAUGUAUUCUUAUUUAGAUAUAAUGUUAAAACGAGAGUUCAUUGAAAUCUGUUUUUAAGGAAGAUAUAUUACUGCUUACUAUUGCCAUCCAAUAAAUAAGUUGUUUCCAUUCGUUGUUAUGUAUAUGGGGUAUAAAAGGAGACUGAUAUAUUUGUGCAAGCCUAAUAACAGACAAAAAUUCUUUGACAAAUGCAACUUAGGUUCGGUAUAGAUAUUAAAAUGCAUUAACAAUGGAUAGACAAAGAAGACUCUGAUUUCGACAAAUUUAACAGUGUUUUGAAAGACAAAGAAAACAAUUUAAUAAAGGCGAAUAAAUACAAUUUUCACAAGGCAUUUUCUUCGACUCCGCAGUCUGCCUUCCUUACAAAAAUGGCAGCACACUCUUUACAUAUAGCAAUUUUUGUGUCAAUACUAGCUUACUGCCCGGAUAUAACAGAGUGUCAGAUGACUGGAAUACUUACAGCUGAUUUUAAACCGUAUCCAAACGUAAGCACAUUAGGACAGGUGAUAAACCAAGGAAGCAACUUCUCCAAACUGUGGUGCGCCUUUCUGUGCCUGUCUAGUCCAGACUGCACUGGGUUCAGAUACCAACAGAGUUGUGAGAUUGUGGACAACAACGUCAAUACAAGUUUCUUGAAUUUCUCCAGCGGCGAUGACGUGUUGAGGAAGCGGAAAGUCUUCCUUCGAGAGCUGAGCUAUAACUCUGUGAAUUUAACGUCGUAUCAACUCUCGAAAAUACCGUCAAGAGUAGUUUUAGGUGAUAUGGUCUACUUAAAAGCAAAAUUACUGAAGCAUAGCGAUGUCAGAGUGACACUUUUUGAGCAGCUGGACCAGAGCAACAUAACCUACGAGUUCCGGGCCAGGUGUUCGACCUCCGCCUGCAAGACCAAGUAUGUGACCAUCAGCAACAAAAUGAACGGGAUGUGGAACACAACCAUCUACAGCAACACCCCUGCCUACACCCUGUCGGUCGACGAAACCUUCGAGUAUCACAUGCUGGUGACGUCACAGGGGCUGGUCACCUUCUUGAAAAACGUGUUCCUCUACACGCUCAGCACCCAGAUGUCGUUCGCUAAUGCUAAUUAUAUCACCAUAAGCGGCUCUAUCGCCGUGGAGGAAUUUAGUAUGUAGCUAGAGUUUUAAAAUUUUUUUUAUUUUUCCACACAUUUAUGUUGUAGGUAAAACCUUGCCAUUAAAGUAUUUAAGCGAUAUUAAAAACCAAAAAAACAACAACAAAAAAAUAUAUAUAUACGCUCAAGUAAAACGGUCUGAUUUACCUGUCCAUAGUAAUGCAAAGAAUAGUUAAUUUAUAUAUAAUUAGAAAGACGGUAAACAGAUCGUGUGUGGCUCACCUACAGACCAAAACAGUGAUUUUUCACACAUUUAUGUUAAAUCUUGCAAUUAAAUUAUUUAGCGAUAUUUUAAAAAAUACAAAAAAAAAAAAAACAACGUUUAAUGAAAACAAUCUGAUUCUCCUUUUUUAUGCAAAGAAUAAUUUUGUAUAUAUUAUUAUGGCUUUUAAUAUAGCGCUACUUACAUGUUUAGAGCGCUUUUGGUCCAAUCUCAUUUGUGGACCAGAGGGAGUAUCUAGGAGUUGGUUUUCCGUUU